AUUUUUACUCAGAUCUGCACAAACCUCUAAACUUGAUAGAUUGGGCAUCAGAGUUAAUUUAUCUCUGAAUAAUUCAUGACUAAGUCACUUCCAUAAGCAAGCUUGUUGGACUGCACAAUGUUUGGGGACUUGCUAAGAAUUACUUUAAUUGGUUCCUGGUUCGCUAUUUGUUUAAGCCAAUUUGAAAGAGGAUAUUCCUCACCACAGACAGUGAGCAAUGCUGGAACCUCUCAAUGUCCAAUAAAUGUGUAUUUUACAAUUGACACCUCAGAAAGUGUAGCUUUGAAGGAAUCUCCAUUGGGUGGCCUUAUGAAUGAACUAAAAGUUUUCCUCAGGACAUUUGUCAUGCAUCUUCAAGGAGUAAGAAUAAGGGGCAGUCAAAUAAGAUGGAAAUACGGAGCUCUUCACUUUUCAGAUACUGUGGAAUCUAUUAUUGGCCUGACAGAUGACUCAUCAACUUUCAUCGAAAGUGUCAACAAAGUCAAGUACAUUGGCCGGGGCACCUUUGUUGACUGUGCUUUGAAGGCAAUGACGGAAGCUAUCCAGACAGAGUCAGGAGCAAUUGGAGGUCUUAAAUUUGCAAUUGUAUUUACAGACGGUCAUAUCACAGGAAGCCCAUGUGGUGGGACAAUGGGAGCUGCUGAGGCAAUGAAGAAUGCUGGAAUCAAAACGUUUGUCGUGGCCACAAGUUUAGAUACUGUAGAAAGUGAACUUACCUUGAUAGCCAGCACGCCUUAUGAACUGUAUCGUAAUAAUUAUCUGGCAUCUCCAAGUAGCCACUUAAAUAGAACCAUUAGCAGAAUCAUUGAUAUUAUGACAAAAGAAGCUGAAACUGAGUGUGGAGCAAGUAUAUGCUUAGCAAGCAAUGAUUCACCUGGUCCAAAAGGACUAAAGGGUUUUAAGGGUGUAAAGGGAAGUAUUGGAUUGACAGGAGAUCCAGGCCCACCAGGUCCCCAGGGUGACCUUGGAAUAGAAGGUCAAAUAGGAUUUCCAGGUCCAAAGGGCUUUGCAGGACAAAAAGGAGAGCAAGGAAAUGUUGGUGAUCCAGGAAUUAAGGGGGAUCCCGGACGACCAGGUUAUAAUGGGAUCACAGGGGAAAAGGGGAAACCUGGUCGUAUUGGUUCAAUAGGCUGUAAAGGAAGUGUGGGCAUUCAGGGCGAAGACGGACCACGUGGGAAUGUUGGUUUUAGAGGAAUGCCAGGAAUUCCAGGGGAGCCGGGUUUUCAAGGAAAACAAGGUGACUCAGGCCCACCAGGAUUAAAAGGAGAUGCUGGUGACAAGGGGCCUUCCGGAUACAGGGGGAAUGUUGGCAUCCCAGGAAUAAAAGGUUUAAAGGGAAAGAUGGGCAUUCCAGGAGUUAAUGGUGAUGAGGGAUUUCGAGGGGAUAAUGGACUUCCUGGGCAGCGUGGGCCUACUGGAAUUAAAGGACAACAGGGUGAACCAGGAGCGGAAGGACAGAGAGGAUUACCCGGAGAAAGAGGAGAAAAAGGAGGUCAAGGCCCUCCAGGCUUCCCUGGUGCAAGAGGUCCUCCUGGUGAGAUGGGAACCAUAGGAGAGCAGGGCAGUCCCGGUGAUCCCGGAGACAUUGGAAUGAGAGGAGAAACUGGACUUCCAGGCGCACCGGGGGACAGAGGCAAAAAUGGUAACAACUAUCCAGGUUCAAGAGGAAUCCAGGGUGCCAGAGGUGAACCAGGAUUUCCAGGAUUUCCAGUAAGAAUUCUUACAAGUAUUAUGUUUGUUAUUUUGCUAUAAUACGUUGCCUUAAUG